UCAUUCUUUUUCUCCAACACAGAGAUUUCCAAACUCUAAAAUCCAAUCAUCUACUUCCUGUUGGUUCUCAACACCAUAAUUUCCUUUACUUUUCUCCACCGAGUACUCCUAGCUGCAAGAGCACACCGGCAUGGAGCGUUUUGUGCCCUUUUCGCGCAUGAUUCCGUUUCUGGCUGUAGCUCUGGCAGUCAUGAUUUUGCCUGUUUAUGGCCAGAUCAAUACUGCAUGCACGGCUUCGGUGCUUGCUACCUUCACACCAUGCAUGAAUUUUCUUACAAAUAGUACUGCUGCCAAUGGUACUUCACCAACAGCAGGUUGUUGCGGUGCACUUAAGAACCUCACAAGUAAUGGGAUGGACUGUUUCUGUCUUAUUGUAACUGGCAGUGUCCCCUUCAGCAUACCAAUCAACAGAACUUUAGCCAUUUCUCUGCCUCGUGCUUGCAACAUGCCUGGUGUCCCAGUUCAAUGCAAAGCCACAGGUUCACCAAUUCCUGCUCCAGGCCCUGUCACCCUUGGGCCAACUCUCUCACCGGGAGUUUCUCCAUCUGCUAGUCCUGAAGCUCCCGUUGUUCCCGAGCCAACACCAUCCACUCUCCCGCCAGUAUCUGAUACGACACCUCUCCUGACGCCACCAUCAUCUACAGGAGAUACUGGGGCACCGACAUCAACUACUGGGAGUCGCCCAGUUCUAACUCCACCAUCAGCAUCGGCGCCAUCUCAUAGCCUUUCGCCAUCUCUUCUACUAUUUGCAGUAGGAUUUGUACUCUUCAAGUGCUACUAGAUGUUGUCUUUUACAUUUGUUGAAAAUAUUCUUUUCGGAGUGUGAGCUAUUGUUUUGAAGCUUGUUUAUUUGAUUAAAAAUCAUUUUGGGUGAUUAUUUAUUAAAUAAUUUGUUAUUGUUGUAUAAAAUAUAUGUAUUGGCGAAGAUAAA